AUGGAAAAGUAUUCCGCUGUAGAGGUUAUUCCAUCGCAGAAUGCACCUACCCUCGCCGACACUAAGUACAUAUCAGGGGACGCGAUCACCGAUGUGGGGGCUGAACAAGACUUUGCGGGAUCUGUUAUCAACGGCCGCGAGUUUCAAAUAAACGUCGAGCAGACCGCACCGAACAUGCCCGUAUUCGGCGCCACGACCUACACUUCCGGCAGCAGCACGAUACUGGACACCACUGCCGGCGGCGUCUUGAUAGGGACCGUGACCUACACUGACGCCGACGGCGCCAACACGACUAGCAUCACAAUGGGCUCGAACAGCUAUUUUACUUUCGUAGAUAACAAGAAUGGAACCGGCUCCGUUACAACCACCACCAACAACAUUACCUUCCCGUUCUCGGACCUAUCCGGAACCACUGUGACCUUGAACUUCAAUGCCACGGACACUUGCGGAGACACAGUUCCGGGAACGAUGCCAAUCAUUGUCCAGAAUAUUAAACCGACGCUUACGGGUCUUACGCCAGGCGUAACGACGUCAGAAACCGUGGACGCUGAACGUCAGAUUACUAAGUACACGUGCUCCGACCCGUCAGACAACGUCACCCCCAACAUUACAGUCAGUCCCAGCACUUCACCGGAGUAUUUUGUCACGCGCUUUUUGUCGGGUACAUCAACAAAUGGAGUGUACGAGAUAAUUCUCCCCACCCAGUCGGCCUCAUGGAAAUUCGACUACGACAAGGUCAACUCGUACACGAUCGUGGUCAAGUGCUUGGACGGCAAACCCUUAGGUACUGCUUCCGCCACCUUGGUGGUCAGUCUGACUCCAAACCAGCCACCGGAAAUCACCAAUCUGACACCCGGGGAAGUUCAACUGACAGACGACAUGUCGAACGCGAACGCGAAUGCAUAUGACGUCAAGAUAACACCAACUGACAACCAGAAUAACGUUGGAUCGGCGAGGACGCUUACAGUCGUAGUUACAGACCUGAACAACGCGCCCUCUUUCUCCAACCUACCACAGAGCGUCCCGAUAGACGAGAACGUGGUCGUCGGUACCACCGUGUUUACGGUGUCCUUCACCGACCCCGACGACGUCAACACGCACACGUUUACGCUGGCGGCGUCAUCUUACUUCCAGAUCGCAAUACCGACAUCGGGAAACAUCACCACGAAGUCAGCCAUCAACUAUGAGACGCUGGGUGGCGUGUAUUCAUACGCUCUGAAUGUCACCGUCAGUGACGGAAUUGUGACGGUGACGUCAACGGUGACGUUCACAAUCAAUGACGUCAAUGAAGCGCUUGUAUGGAACGCGGCGACCUACAGAACCAACGUACAAGACGGAGCGGCCGUGGGUACUGUGCUGACUGACCCUGGGUUUGCCGUCACAGACGAGGAUACCGACGACACGUACAAAUGCUUUUUGAACUGCGGCGUAUCCGCAGGUUAUUUUUCUAUUAAUACGUCAGCAUGCGAUCUUAAAGUGACGUCAGCAUACAGCCUGGAUGCCGGACUAACCAGUCCAGUCUCAUGUCUAGUGACCGCAGUGGACAAGGGGUCGCACACUGCCACGACCACUCUUAUCAUCACGAUAGACGACGUCAACAACUAUUCGCCGACGUUUUCUCAAAUCUACUACGACUUUACGGUAUCGGGAUCCGCCGGAAGUGGUACAUCCGUCGGCACCGUCACUGCCACCGACACCGACACUGGAACGUUUGGAACGUUCUCGUACACUUUGGAUAAAACCGCAUUAAAUGGCAACUACUUCACGGUGAACAGUGCGACUGGCGUCAUUAGUACCACAGUUAACAUGUUAACCGUCUGCAACUGCUCCGGGAGCACCCUCACCAUGACAGUGACGGCGACGGACAAAGGCGGUCGCAACGUAAGUUCACAAGUCGUCGUGUACGUUUCCGAGGCUACCACUACCUAUACAACUUCCACUACAGACAGAUAUCGAACCUUUUUCGAGGACACCAGGAACAUCGCGUGGUUCUCGGUGGCUAUGGUGCUCCUUGCAGUGAUAGCGGCGGUCACACCUUACGUAAUGGUCAAAUACGUCUGCGAAGGACCCGCCCUGUGUAAAAACCCAUGCAGACAAAGGCAUAUGCGCCCCUACAAUCCGACGCCCCGGGAGGUGUUCAACCCAUCACCGCGAACGCCACCUAGACCACAGCUUUUACAAAGCAUUCGGAAACCACCCCCACCCAAAGACAACCAGUUUUGGCGGAGUGAGAACAUCUGACUUUAGUGACGUGAUGAUGAACGUCAGGCAGUACGUCUCUGCGGACAUGACUGACGACUUCGAUUCAUAUAAGCAGUCCUAUGGUGUUUUAAAGUAGUUCUUGUGUUAAGUUACUUCUAAAGAACCUAUUUAUGCAAAAACUAAAAUUGUACCAACCUUAAACUGGCAUGUCCAGUCAUUCUACCAUGAAUUAUCGCGUACCAAUUCUUAUUUGCUUUAAUAAAAUUUAAGUAACCUUGCAUACGUAACUUUUAUGGAAAUCAUACCGAGUAAUAUAGCAAAGUGCUUAGUUACUAAGGUACUCGACAUAGUCUGUAUAAAAAUCUCUCAAGUUCUAUGCUAUACUGUUCACACUCUUUUAUUGCAUAUGUUUGUUUUGUUACUUGACGAUGUAAUGUCCUUUCCUUCAUUUAUCUAUUGAUAUGAUUCUAAAUCACUCUUUCUAUAUAGUAAAACGGAUAUGAAAUUCUCAA